AUUUUGGUUUUAGUAACAAGCUAUGGAUCCUGCUUUACUCCCAACCGCGUGGAAGCUAAUUGUAUUAGCUUAGAAGAUUGUCGCUUUCUUUUCGAAUUGGUACAAGAUCCCAAUCUUUCACAAAACGAUCGCGCAUACUUGCGUAGCAGUCAAUGCGGAUAUCGUAAUCGUAAAGUAUUGAUAUGCUGCCCCCCUCAAUAUCUCACACAAAGUGCCACUACGCCUGCGCCACCCUUGCCGCCAGCCACACCCGCACCCGCACGCGCACCUGCCCCAGUCCACGCACCGCCAGCUGCCGUGCUGUUUCCGCAAUCUAGCGGUGCAGCACCAGCAAGACGCCCAGCGAAUAGUCUAAGCAGUGGUUUCAUCAGUGGCGGCAGCAGCAUUGCUACUUCGCUACCUCAAUUUCCUCAAUGUGGCAAUGUGCUUGACAACCGUAUUUAUGGUGGCACCGAGACAGCGAUUGAUGAAUUUCCUUGGACCGCCUUGAUUGAGUACACGAAACCUGACGGUGUAAAGGGGCACUAUUGCGGUGGCGCAUUGAUUAGCGACCGCUAUGUGGUAACAGCGGCUCAUUGUGUUAAACCUAGUGAUCUCCCUGCUGGUUGGUCCUUGACUGGCGUUCGUUUGGGCGAAUGGGACACUCGCACUGAUCCCGAUUGCAACAAAGAGGGUUGCGCGCCAACUCAUAAAGAUAUUACCAUUGCACAGAGUAUGCCACAUCCGGAUUAUGCGAAUCACAAUGAUCCCAAUGACAUUGCAUUAUUACGUCUUAACGAGUCCGUACAAUUCACAGAUUUUGUUAAACCAAUUUGCUUACCCACAACACAAAAUUUACGCAUGGACACUUUUGUCAAUACUGCAAUGGAUGUAGCCGGUUGGGGUUCAACGGAAAAGAGUCAAAGUAGUCCCGUUAAGUUGAAGGCCACAUUAAAGGUUAAGGAUUUAGAUGUAUGUCGUCAGAAGUAUGCGCAAUUGAAUGGCAUACGAUUGGAUCCGACGCAAUUGUGUGCGGGUGGUGAGUCGGGAAUCGAUACAUGCCGUGGUGAUUCGGGUGGCCCUCUGAUGUUUCAGGACGAUGUAAAUGGUAAAGCGGCUUACUAUCUAAUUGGUGUUGUAUCAUAUGGUCCAACACCGUGCGGUUUAAGUGGUUGGCCAGCGAUAUACACUAGAGUUGGCGCUUUUGUAGACUGGAUUGAAAGAACAAUGCACGCAUAGAGAUACGCGAGUAUCUAAGUACAUAUUUUGAAAUAAAGUUAUUACCCAAAGCUAUGCAAAUGUAUGUUAGAGUUUUCCAAAAUAUUAAAAAAAAAAACUUUCAAGGGAUAAUUAAAAAGUGUUUAUUCCAUUUU